AUGGCCUACGUGCUGGCGCUCCGUCCCCAGAGCCCCCUCAAGCGUUCCUUUAGCGACAACCCCUACCUCAGUGCCUGCUCACCCCAAAACGACACACGGCAUGCACCGCCCAUUCAUGUCACGGCUUGCAACAGCUCCGCCCGCUCAUUCUACUCUCUUGGCCAUGGCAGAGUGGGUGAUGGCGCCCGCGUCAACGAGAACACUCCGCCCCUCACCUCGCAGUCGCUGCUUAAUCUUGCUUCUGAGAAGACAGACUUCCCCUUUACUACUGCAGACGUGGCCGGCGAGCCGCCAACACGAAACGGCGGCCUCAAUCGCCCACCACCUUACCUUGCCAGGGCGGGUUCCUACGAGUGGCAGCAUGUGCCAGCGCUCCCUUCCGAACACGAGAGCCUGGACGGAGAAGGCAUCCAAGGCGAUGAGAACGAUUUCGACGAGACGCAUUUGUUCAACGUUUAUGAGGCCAUUCACGUGCCAUCACUCGCAGACCAACAUCUCAACAACGCCACAAGCGAAACGCACGACGAAUGCCAAGCAGCCCCGGCUACCGUGCAGACGCCUUCGCAGCCUUUCCGGCGGUGGAUGAGCACCCUAAGGCGUCGGCAUGCUCAGCGGUGGCGAGAGCAUCUUGUUGACUCGGCUCACUUGUCUGGCAUUGCGACCGACGGCAUGUCGAUCCUUUCACAGCCGCUUGAGCGCCUUUCCAUGUCUGCGCGGAGGACCAACGGCUCUCUGACCUCUUCCAUGGAAUACGUGACCGCGAUCAAGUCUACGACCAUAACGGUUGGAAGUACCAGUAUUGCGCCACGCUCCGAUGGUGGCUUGCAGGGCAAGACUCGCUUGGGAAACAGAAGCAGCAACGUCUCUGAAGCCCGCCGAUCACUUGAAAGUUACCGUGGUGCACUGGGCCCUGUGCUUGAUGAAAGCGCCUGGCUCCGAUCGCUACAACGCCGUAAAGUCGUGGAAGAAUUGAUUGCUUCAGAGGAGAGCUACAUUGCAGACCUCAAAGUCCUGAUCAAUGACUACUUUAUGGUUCUCGCGACCAUCCCUUCUGUGUCAGGACAGACCAAAUCAUCCAUUCAGCAAAACAUCUCUCAAAUCCUGCAAUUGCACGAGGAUCUGCUCGCAGAACUCCAUCACGUCGUUCCUCACGCCGACUUUACAAAGAGCGCGCACCAGGAGGCUUACCCUGCAACAAAAGCCAAACACAUUCGCUUCCAUAGCGCAGACAUUGUGCCCGGACGCUUCACUGAAAACAGGGCUCCUCGGAGGCUGAGACAUUCUUUAGAGAUAGGACGGUCACCUGACCCUAGACCACGCGGACUGGUAACGGACACAACGACGGCGGGCAACAUUGCCAAGAUUUUCAACAAACAUAUGAGGCGCUUCUUCACAUACGAAGAGUAUGGCGCACAUUGGACGACAAUGUCUCAGGACCUGACUUCUAUGUGCAAGGGUCUGCAUGGCUGGCAAGAGUACGAAAGGGGCGUCGAAGCAUUGCAAAAAGUGGUUGCUUCGCAGAACAACCGCGAAGCCGGCAGCAAAAAGGCGCUCAGCUUCCCAGAUCUUCUUAUCAAGCCCAUCCAGAGGGUCUGUAAAUAUCCACUACUCUUCGACGACCUGUGCCGCCACACGCCCGUUUACGAUGACCCGGAGGCGCACGCUGAGCUUGAGAAGGCGCUGUUCCGCUUGCAAGAAACGAUUCGCGAGGUCAACAAAGCCAAGGACGACCCUCAAACCCGGAGGUUGAUUGAAAUCACUUGGCAGUUGCAAGACCGGCUGGUGUUUGAGGAGCCAAAGCUAUCUCGAGCUCUCAUCUUCCGACUACUCGGGCACGUUCUGCUCUGUGGUGUUCUCCACGUGGCCUAUCAGACGCCUGAUCGAAUCAAGGGAUCCUACAUGGUGUGUGUACUAUACAAAUCGUGCCUGGUACUUGCAACAGCAAGCAGAUUCCAUACCCCUUACACCGUUGUUGCCUUGAUCGGAUUGGCCAAUGCGAGUAUCGAAGAGUCGGAUAACGGUCGCGGCAUGCAAUGUCACACUGCACCCCAUACGUGGAAAUUUGUAUUUGAGCAUGGUCAUCGCCUGCACGAGCUGAUUUUCAGUGCGUGCUCUUCUGCAGAGGAAGCAGUAUGGAAGACUCAACUGCGCGAACGUAUUGUUUAUGAGACACACGACUUCGUCGAAGGUCAAUCCAAUAUGCAAGAUAUGUUCACAUCAGUAUCUCUCGAACUCAAAUCCCUUGGCCCGGUUUUUGGUCAUGCAAACAGCUUAGUGCGACGCAUGUCAGUGCACCGAGCGGCGACGCUAGGCGCGAAGACGAACAUGAGCCAGGUAAUCAUCAAGAAUACACAGGCUCAAAAGAUACCCGAAACGCCUCCAACAUUUUCCCCAAGUAUAGUCGCAAGAUCGCAAUCGCAUCUUUCGUCCAAUCACGUCGCCACGCUAGUGCCACGACGAGCCGAGCGCAUUCGUCUGGAAAAUACUCUAGAAGAUGUAUGGACAAAGGAUCUCUUACCUUUUCCGGGCAUGUCGACUCGGAGAAUGGAGAAUCAAAUCAGGGCCUCGGCCAACUCGGUGAUGCGUAAACUGAGCAUGGCAAGCAUCGCCAGCAACUUUUCGCGCCGCUCGCCUAGUCUUUCCAAUGCGAGCAACUCAAGAUCCGAUGACUCGUCUGGAAGCCGUGCUCGCAAGGCCUCCCACGGAACUGUACGGCCUCCGUCAGCAGCCGAUCGACGACCCGCACCAGCGGUGGUAGACUUUCACAACGCGCCAGCCGCAUUCUUACCUACCGACUUUGAAGUAGAGGACACACGACCGUCAACCAGACAUCGGCGCCUCGUCAACCGUACUACCAGUACAGGAGGGCCUACCGAAAGAUGCUCACAGGCCAAGCCAAAGAAGGUCCGGCGCCUUUCUACUCACAUGAUCAACCUCCCGCGAUCAGAGGCUGCUGUACGUGUGGCAGGGAGGAAUACCUCUCACAGUUCAGCCGAGGCGGCAUUGCGUGCAGCACCUCCCUGUACAGACGGCGAGAGGAGCAUGGAGAACAAGAAGCUGAAGAUGGAGGCAUUCAAGGACCGCAGCUCGAAGCCGGGGUUGUCACGCACCACGCCUACGCGGAAGUUUUUCAAGAGCAAGAGCAGGAUAUUUAAUUUUUUUCGCUAA